AUGGCAGCCGUCAUCUUCUUCAAUCACACCCCAUCGACCCAAGGCGCGGGACUCGGACCCGAUACUUGCAUACCUGUGGCCAAAGGCCAGGGUAAGAGGAAGCAUCCCAACCACUCCGACAACAACGAUCCUAUCGACCUCAACGACGUUCAAGAGUUCGAUGGCCAUGCGUCAGACGAUAACACGGAUAAUAACAAAAGCCAAGUCAGCUCCGACGGUCUGUCAGCUCGGGCUGCCGUGCUGAGUCCUCGUCUUCCGCCUUCUCAACAUCGACCUGGCGCCGUUGCUCUGUCGAGAACCAGCGAGGAUUCAAGCAGCCACCUCUUCAGCGAGGCCGACAACAUUACUCACGGCCCCAACAACGACAAGGAGGAAGCAGAGCUGGCUGUUGUACAUGUCAGCGAUAAUUUCUCGAUCCGCAGUCAUCGAACGCUUAGGAUUCGCGGAGCGCCUACUCACGUCAGACUAUUGCACUCUUGA